UAGAAAGUCGCUCUUUACUCCGCUUAGUGCUUUGCUGAGAGACUGCAACACGGGGAGCACUUACAAAGGGACUUUUAAUGUUAUCUUCGGCAAUGCAUGAGGGAUGCAUGGCAUGAAGGCACAAAUAUGAACGGAGCAGUGGGAUAAACUUAUUUUUUAUGCCUGGAUCUGCACAUGGACAUCUGUGGAUUUUUACUAGCUACACGUGUUGGAUUAAUAUGACCACAUCCCCGCAUUCUCUACAGGCUCUACUUCUAUUUGGGAAUAUUUAACUCAACGAGGAUGUUUCCCACGCAGGAGAGAAUGAUGUUUUACAAAAUCCUUGCAUUGAUUCUCUUACAAGGUGUGUUGAGAUGUGAGGCUUUGGUCAGCCCCGGAGGUGUCUCAGGCUACGGCACGGAGUUGACCUCCGGUGGAGUCGCAGCUCUAAAGAAGUCUGAGGCGUCGGAACCAAAGUCCAGAUCUAAGCGCUGCACCUGUUAUUCCUACAAGGAUAAAGAGUGUAUCUAUUACUGCCAUUUGGACAUCAUUUGGAUCAAUACACCUGAACGCACAGUUCCAUAUGGAAUGUCGAGCUACCAAGGAGCUCCGCGACUCCGACGUGCAAUUGCUGGACAACCAAAUGAGCACGAGCAGACAAACACUCAGCGUUGCGUUUGUGCUUCCCUUGAUGCAGACCCAGAGUGCCAUCAAUUUUGUCAGCCAAGCUCCCUGCGCAGUGGACCAAACAGGAGUCUUCACCGAGUCCCAGGACCCGGCUGACAGUUGGACACCUCCUGAUCUCCUGCUGUUUUCUUCAGGGAGCAGAUCCUUCCCUUGUCUUCAGUCCCAUCAUUCUCUGUUUGGCACACUUGCUUCCACAGGUACACUCAGUCAAGGAAAGAACUUUGGAGUUUGACACUGUCGACAUUCCUGAGAAUCAUAACUCUUGGAGCAAGUUCCAUCAGGCCGAGUGGUUGUAACAACUCUCAGCAAAUUUGAUACAGACCCCUGGAGGCUAUGCUUUUUUGUUCCCUCCUCUGAGCCGCAUAAGGAUUACUUUCACCUUGAAAAUAUCCUGUGACCUUAUGACAGGCUCAUUCAGACUCUCUCUCUGUAUUCAUAUCUGCUACCAUAUUGUGGACUACAUUAAGACUCUGUGCUGUAUCAAUAUACAAAGGAUGACAUUUCUCCAUAGAUGGUGGGAAACAAAAUGUGCCAAGUAGUGAAGGAAAGUACCGGAACAAGGCAAAAUGAUGAUAAAUAAACAACAAUAAGGCAAUUUUAUAUAUCGCUGUCUUUUCUGAUGACAUUUUUCACAGAAAUAAUGUAAAAUAUAUAAAUAAUAUUAAUUCUAAAAAGCUCUGUUUGCAAGAGGAAUGUGAUGUCAUUUUACCUGUGUAGAUAAUAUAAUUCAGCUUCAUUUGAAUUGAGAAAUUAGCUGUUAAGAGUGCAGUGAUAUGUUCUAGUAUACAGCUAACAAGAACAACAUUGAGAGAGAUGACUAGAACAAUGGUGCUACAUAGGUUAAAAAAAAGUGUAGUCACAGGGUGAUGUACAUAGGCUAAUUUAUACAGGAUUUAGCUAUUGAAUUUUUGGGGAUUUUCACAAAUGAUGUACAACAAUUAGAAAUGCACAUUUCCAUUAGAAUUGAAUGACCUUGAGGGAGGUGUCAACAGUAUAAAAACCUGGUUUUGUGAGAACGUUUUUCGAAAAUCAUGGAAAGACACCAGCAACGGCUUAUAUGUGCAAUGCUUGUUGAAUUACUGGAGGGCAUUACUUAAAUAUUUCUAUUAAGAUAGACUCUUACUCUGAGGCUGGAGAAAAAUGUGUUGCCCAAGGCCUCAACAGACUGUGGUUCUAGAACUUUGAAUUCUAAGUAUCGAGCUUAUCAACUGAGGAAAAAAUAGGGUGGCUACGUUCCUUUAGCCUCUGGGGCUAGAAUUCCUUUCCCGACGAGUAAUUAAAUCCUUCCUCCACUGUGCCUUACUACUAUGGCUCUCUUGUCCACUUUUACAAGACCAUUGACAAACACAGAGCAAACAAUAUUUACUUAUUUAUCUUCAAAUACUAUAAUGCUGACAAUUGUAACUGGAUAUUGUAUCUUUUUUAUGCUGGCUAAGUUAACUGUGCUCCAAAUAAUGAGGAGAGAGUAAGAGACAGCGAGAAAAGGAGCACUCAAUAUAGUGUAAGUGGGUCCGCAACCUUAUACUGGGGUUACAGUCUUGAUGCGUAUUUAUGAUAAUGUUGCCAGAUUUCUUGCCAAGGUUCCAUCAUUACAUUUGGAAGAGUAUUCAGUACAGUAUAAUGCAAAGAAAGUUAUAAUAAAACAACAAAGAAACUGGCUGCUUACUAUUGGAUUUGUGUGCAUCCCUCAACAUGGAUUUUACAGUGGUCCUAAAACAUGUAUACUGGAAUAAAAUUUUAAAAAGUAAUACUUUUAUAAUA